AUGCGGCCUCACGUCGUCUUGUCUUCGCUGGCCAGCGUCGCCAUUCUGGUCCCCGCCGCCUCCGCUGCACGUUUCGACGCAUACCCCGAAUAUCGCCACGACGCCUCCGCUACUGCCGUGAGAGCCAAGUCUGACCUCUUUCCCUUCCUGAAAAGACUUCGGAAUGGCGUCGUUGAAUUCGUCUUCGGACCCCAUCCUGCCAAAGCUAGCCACCUGACAUCUCACGUCCGAACAAGCCUGCGAGACGAUCACAUCAAUGAGGUCGUCUUGCGCUUCAAUCUCACCACCGCGGAAGAAGAGUCUGCCUUUGCCGCCGCCGCCGCCCGUACCUUUCUAGACAUUUGGGCCUUCAACCAUGAAUUCGUCGAUGUUCGAAUUCGCCAAGACAAUGUUCGAUCGCUGCUUGGGCUUCUGCCCGACUCUCUGAAAUCAGCUUACUCGACGUUGAUAUCGGAUGUAGCAGCCGCUGUGUACGACACAUAUCCUGCCGUCGAUGUCCCGGCUCAGACUUACCGCAUCCCCGAUGGUCGCGCAAACCUCAAGAAUGCGCAAAACGGGAAUGAGAACUAUUUCUUCCAGGAUUACCAGAGGCUUGAUGUUUGUGACCUCACGCCCGUGCAAGCACUGCGGACCAUCACCGAAGUUAUAACCAUUGGGCAAUCCUCUGAACAACGAGAUAUUCUCGGUCUCAAGGUUGGCAUGAAGACCCAGGCGCCAGGCAGCGAAAAGCGGAAGACAGUCGUUGUUGCGGGAGGGAUGCAUGCAAGAGAGUGGAUUUCCACGACAACUACCAACUAUGUCGCUUGGUCAUUCAUUACGGCCUUCGGCAGGGAGCCCAUGAUCACCAAGCUGCUGGAGCACUUCGAUUUCAUCUUCAUCCCGGCUGUCAACCCCGACGGUAUCGAGUACACCUGGACUACAGAUCGACUGUGGCGCAAGUCCCGGCAGGAGACGGGUAUGUCUUGGUGCCACGGUUUCGACCUCGACCACGCCUUUGGCUAUGAAUGGGGCGACUACUCCGAAAACGACCCUUGCUCUGAGAGCUAUGGCGGUAAACAGCCAUGGCAGGCUGCCGAAGCCAGAGCUGUAGCACUCUGGGCGAGGAAUGCAUCCUUGGAGGAUACCGAGUUUAUUGGUCUCAUUGACCUGCACUCCUAUUCUCAACAGGUGCUAUUUCCCUUCGCAUACUCCUGCGACGUCGACCCGCCCAAUGUCGAGAACCUCGAAGAGCUCGCUGCUGGGCUUGCCAAGGCCAUCCGUCUGUCCAACGGAGAGCUGUACUCGGUCACAUCGGCGUGCGAAGGAGCUGUCGCAGGACGAGGCUCUGCUCCAGGUGCUAAGCGUCUUGAGACAGGCGGUGGAUCGGCCAUUGACUGGUUCUAUCAUGAACUGCACGCGCAUUAUAGUUACCAGAUCAAGUUGAGGGAUACCGGCAGCUACGGCUUCCUUCUUCCCAGGGAAAACAUCAUUCCCGUCGGCGAAGAAAUAUCCAGCGCGAUGAAGUACUUUGGAGACUAUCUCCUUGGCAACAACGGAAUCGAGAAGUCCGUAGGAGCCUUGACACCAACAUCCGACGAACCGGAUCGUAGUCUGGAGCUUCGACGACUCAGAAAGCGCAAAUAG